AUGACAGUUCAUGAAGAUGAAAACAGUAAGCAACAGGAGCGACCUGGUAGGAGGCUCAGCAAGCAACAGGAGCGACCUGGCAGGAGGCUCAGCAAGCAACAGGAGCGACCUGGCAGGAGGCUCAGCAAGCAACAGGAGCGACCUGGUAGGAGGCUCAGCAAGCAACAGGAGCGACCUGGCAGGAGGCUCAGCAAGCAACAGGAGCGACCUGGCAGGAAGCACGGCAAGCAACAGGAGCGACCUGGCAGGAAGCACGGCAAGCAACAGGAGCGACCUGGCAGGAAGCACGGCAAGCAACAGGAGCGACCUGGCAGGAAGCACGGCAAGCAACAGGAACGACCUGGCAGGAAGCACGGCAAGCAACAGGAGCGACCUGGCAGGAAGCACGGCAAGCAACAGGAGCGACCUGGCAGGAGGCUCAGCAAGCAACAGGAGCGACCUGGCAGGAAGCACGGCAAGCAACAGGAGCGACCUGGCAGGAAGCACGGCAAGCAACAGGAACGACCUGGCAGGAAGCACGGCAAGCAACAGGAGCGACCUGGCAGGAAGCACGGCAAGCAACAGGAGCGACCUGGCAGGAGGCUCAGCAAGCAACAGGAGCGACCUGGCAGGAGGCUCAGCAAGCAACAGGAGCGACCUGGCAGGAGGCUCAGCAAGCAACAGGAGCGACCUGGCAGGAAGCACGGCAAGCAACAGGAGCGACCUGGCAGGAAGCACGGCAAGCAACAGGAGCGACCUGGCAGGAGGCUCGGCAAGCAACAGGAGCGACCUGGCAGGAAGCACGGCAAGCAACAGGAGCGACCUGGCAGGAAGCACGGCAAGCAACAGGAGCGACCUGGCAGGCUUCACAGUAAGCAACAGGAGCGACCUGGCAGGAAGCACGGCAAGCAACAGGAGCGACCUGGCAGGAAGCACGGCAAGCAACAAGAGCGACCUGGCAGGCUUCACAAUAAGCAACAGGAGCGACCUGGCAGGAGGCUCAGCAAGCAACAGGAGCGACCUGGCAGGAAGCACGGCAAGCAACAGGAGCGACCUGGCAGGAAGCACGGCAAGCAACAGGAGCGACCUGGCAGGAGGCUCGGCAAGCAACAGGAGCGACCUGGCAGGAAGCACGGCAAGCAACAGGAGCGACCUGGCAGAAGCACGGCAAGCAACAGGAGCGACCUGGCAGGACGCACGGCAAGCAACAGGAGCGACCUGGCAGGAAGCACGGCAAGCAACAGGAGCGACCUGGCAGGAAGCACAGCAAGCAACAGGAGCGACCUGGCAGGAAGCACGGCAAGCAACAGGAGCGACCUGGCAGGAAGCACGGCAAGCAACAGGAGCGACCUGGCAGGAAGCACGGCAAGCAACAGGAGCGACCUGGCAGGAAGCACGGCAAGCAACAGGAGCGACCUGGCAGGAAGCACGGCAAGCAACAGGAGCGACCUGGCAGGAGGCAGCAAGCAACAGGAGCGACCUGGCAGGAAGCACGGCAAGCAACAGGAGCGACCUGGCAGGAAGCACGGCAAGCAACAGGAGCGACCUGGCAGGAAGCACGGCAAGCAACAGGAGCGACCUGGCAGGAAGCACAGCAAGCAACAGGAGCGACCUGGCAGGAAGCACGGCAAGCAACAGGAGCGACCUGGCAGGAAGCACGGCAAGCAACAGGAGCGACCUGGCAGGAGGAGCGACGGCAAGCAACAGGAGCGACCUGGCAGGAAGUUCGGCAAGCAACAGGAGCGACCUGGCAGGAAGCACGGCAAGCAACAGGAGCGACCUGGCAGGAAGCACGGCAAGCAACAGGAGCGACCUGGCAGGAAGCACAGUAAGCAACAGGAGCGACCUGGCAGGAAGCACGGCAAGCAACAGGAGCGACCUGGCAGGAAGCACGGCAAGCAACAGGAGCGACCUGGCAGGAGGAAGCACGGCAAGCAACAGGAGCGACCUGGCAGGAAGCACGGCAAGCAACAGGAGCGACCUGGCAGGAAGCACGGCAAGCAACAGGAGCGACCUGGCAGGAAGCACGGCAAGCAACAGGAGCGACCUGGCAGGAAGCACGGCAAGCAACAGGAGCGACCUGGCAGGAGGCUCAGCAAGCAACAGGAGCGACCUGGCAGGAGGCUCAGCAAGCAACAGGAGCGACCUGGCAGGAAGCACGGCAAGCAACAGGAGCGACCUGGCAGGAGCGACCUGGCACACGGCAAGCAACAGGAGCGACCUGGCAGGAAGCACGGCAAGCAACAGGAGCGACCUGGCAGGAAGCUCGGCAAGCAACAGGAGCGACCUGGCAGGAAGCACGGCAAGCAACAAGAGCGACCUGGCAGGCUUCACAAUAAGCAACAGGAGCGACCUGGCAGGAGGCUCGGCAAGCAACAGGAGCGACCUGGCAGGAAGCACGGCAAGCAACAGGAGCGACCUGGCAGGAAGCACGGCAAGCAACAGGAGCGACCUGGCAGGAAGCACGGCAAGCAACAGGAGCGACCUGGCAGGAAGCACGGCAAGCAACAGGAGCGACCUGGCAGGAAGCACGGCAAGCAACAGGAGCGACCUGGCAGGCUUCACAGUAAGCAACAGGAGCGACCUGGCAGGAAGCACGGCAAGCAACAGGAGCGACCUGGCAGGAAGCACGGCAAGCAACAAGAGCGACCUGGCAGGAAGCACGGCAAGCAACAGGAACGACCUGGCAGGAAGCACGGCAAGCAACAGGAGCGACCUGGCAGGAAGCACGGCAAGCAACAGGAGCGACCUGGCAGGAGGCUCAGCAAGCAACAGAAGCGACCUGGCAGGAAGCACGGCAAGCAACAGGAGCGACCUGGCAGGAGGCUCGGCAAGCAACAGGAGCGACCUGGCAGGAAGCUCGGCAAGCAACAGGAGCGACCUGGCAGGAAGCACGGCAAGCAACAGGAGCGACCUGGCAGGAAGCACGGCAAGCAACAGGAGCGACCUGGCAGGAAGCACGGCAAGCAACAGGAGCGACCUGGCAGGAAGCACGGCAAGCAACAAGAGCGACCUGGCAGGCUUCACAGUAAGCAACAGGAGCGACCUGGCAGGCUUCACACCACGAGGGCUCUCAUCUUUGGACAAGAGCUCCACUCGUACUUGGCUUACCAUCGCGAGGGGUUGUGA